AUGGCCUCCUCACCCCCCUACCUCGCCAACUCUCCGACCCUCCCAACCCUCUCCCUCCCCAAAAAGCGGCCCUCCUUCUCCGGUCCCGGCGGCCCUCCUCCGCACGCCAAACGGCGCAAGCCCUCGACCGGGCCCUCGCACCUGCGGCAGACCUCCUUCCCGCCCGCCGAGACCACCCUCCCAGACUCCGGGGAGCGCUCCCCGAGCGUCGACAGCAGCAUUAUCGCGCCGAGUCUUGGUCUGCCUGGUUCUUCCGCGGCUGGAGGGCUGAGCCUGCCUGGUCAGGGGAGGAAACGGAAGGCGAGGGGGGCGAGGGAUGGGGAGAGUCUUGUUGGUGGGAGGCUGGGCGAUGAGCGCAGCACGCCUGGGACGGUGGUGUCGAGGGGGAAGGGGAGGGCUGUGGUCGAAGAAGAAGAGGAGGAGGAGGAGACGGAGGAGGUCGGGGCUGUGAUGGAGGGGGGGAGGGUGGACGAGGCGAGCGUGAAGCAGGAGAGAGAGCAUCUGUCCAUGCUCGUCGAAGCCCUAACCCCAGACCAAGCAACCCGCUACGACAUCUGGCGCCGCGUGAAGCUGAAAAAAGAAACCGUGCGCAAAAUCACAAACCAGACGCUCUCGCAGUCCGUACCACCCUCCGUCAUCACGACCAUAAACGGGUACACCAAGCUCUUCAUCGGCGAGCUCAUCGACCGCGCGCGUCGCGUGCAGGAGGAGUGGACGGUGGCGGCGGCCUUGGGCGCUGCAGCCGAGAAGGAGCGACAGAAUAACAACGCCAGCGCCAACGGAACACAGCCGACGGCGUUUGGAUCCGGCGCCAGCGACGCGGGUUCUUCGCAGUACAGCCCACGUACGUUACCACGAUCCUUCGAGCCACCCAUGCAUGAGGAUACGCCACCGCCCACGCAGUCCGAUCGGCCUUUGGCCGACAUGGCAAAAGAGCGCGACAAGGGACCGCUGACGCCGGACAUGCUGCGCGAGGCGCUGCGACGAUACAAGAAGGAUCAAGAGGGCGGUGGGACGGGGUUCAUUGGGUUGUCGUUGGAGGGGAGGGAGAGGGCAGCUGUGCGGACGGGGGGCAAGCGGAUCUUCAGGUGA